AUGAAAGGAGCUAAUGAUUCGCCACCAAUUACCCCGACAUUUUAUCAGCACUCCUGUAAAUUAGCACUCAAUUGGUUGAUAAAUACAAUAAUUCAGGACAGUAAAAAGAAGAUUUCAAGUCAAAAACUGUUGAAGAUGAUGCGAAAUGUUCAAUGUUUAAGAAUGCGGUCGAUGUCCGGAGUUGUGGAACGAAGAAAAGAGCGAGUGUUGAUGAAAGAAAUCAGUUGGAAAGCUUGA